AUGGAGCAGAGGAAUCGAAUUCAGAGUCGGUGGGUUUCAACAUUUGCGAAGGCGCCGAGUUCGACCAUUGCCCGAUUGAGCCAUCCCGCCAGCCUUGUCGUUGCCAUCGAUCCACCAUCGCCGAAAGAGAAGCUCGACACGGCGGAGAAGACUGGGUUUGGGAGAUUGAAGAAUAAGAAAUUGAGAAGGAGGGUCGCCGCCUAG